GUUACAUUGUGUGCAGGCAUGGAGUUUUCCCUGCGUGGCCAGUCAUGUUCUCCAGGAGUUCAGGCUCUGCUCCAACACAGCCCCUCCCCUCUGGGCAGCACACGCAUCUUACAGAUCAUCACCAUUAACAUGUUCACCAUACACAACGCUCAGAGCAGAGGAGGAGAUGGUGAGGUGAGAUCUGUGUUACAGGAGCAGACUACAGCUCUGGGUCUGGCCAUGUUCUCUCUGCUGGUCCAACGCUGCACAGAGCUGCUGAGAGACACACCCGCAGAGCACAUCCCGGAGGAGGAGAGAGAAGAGGGGGAGGAAGGGAUGGUGAGAGUUUCUGCCUUCCCAUUGGACCUGAGGGAGCUGCUGCCCAGCAUCAAGGUCUGGUCUGAUUGGAUGCUUGGACACCCCAACCAAUGGAAUCCUCCACCUUGCCGUAUAGACUGUAGUCUUGAUGUGUGGCGUAGCCUGGCAGACCUGUGUAAUGCGUUGGCGCGUGUCGACCACGGCGAAGCGCCGCUGUACAAGGCAGACGGGGACGGAGGGGAGGGGGAUGAGGAGCUCCGUCUGCUGCUAUUGGAGGAGGACAGGCUACUGGCCGGCUUCGUCCCGCUGCUCGCCGCCCCGCAGGAACCCUGCUACGUAGACUGCACCGGGGAUACCGCGAUAGCAGCAGACUAAAGGGUAACAGUAUUGAAGUAUUUCCUGGAGGCUCUAUGUGGACAGGAAGAACCUCUCCUGGCUUUUAAAGGAGGGAAGUACGUCUCCAUGGCAACCUCUCCCCAACCCGGCCGCCCCGGCGACGCGCGCAGCAGACAGGACUCGCAGACAGAGAGAGAGAGUGAUGACGUCAUCGUGGAGGCGGAUGUCUGUGUCGGACGGUGAUGAUGGCAGUGAGGAUGACAUCAGAGAGCUUCGGCCAGACGCAGCGCCCUCACCAACAAACUGGCUGAGCAGCAGAGACGCAGGGACAAGAUACAGGCGGUGUUACAGACGUGUGGUCAGUUGGAGUUAGAGGUGCGGCCUCUUUUCCUGGUCCCCGACACCAACGGUUUCAUCGACCACCU